AACAGGAACCAUUUUUAAGUGUUCAGGGUAGUUUACCUGUACAAAGCAGCAUCACAGCUGCUGUGAAGACAUGAAAGCUGUUGUUGGACUGUUGAUGGUCCUUCUUGAAGUAUCACAUGCGCUGGAAAGCAACUGUGAUGGGCGAAAGGAUAGAGCUAGGUGCUACGGAGCUUUGGGGGGAACUAUGGCCCUCCAGCUGAUGAAUGAUGCCUCAGAAAUAAGCAGAUUCACCUGGACAAAGGAAGCAUCAAUGGCUAAUCAGUCAACUGAAAAUAUUCUUUAUAUCAAAAACAAUGUGAUUAUUUACAAUUCUAUGAGCAGCAGAUCUGUCUUCAUUCUUGGAAAUGGAACCCUCAAGAUCAGUAACCUCAGCAGAAAUGACAGCGGUAAAUAUACACUUGAGAUAUUUGAUUCCAAUGGCAAGAAAAACGGCACUCAGACCCUACAUCUAUUUGUUCAAGCUCCUGUGUCUUCUGUGCGUAUCAUCUCAAAGUGUGUGUCCCAGGGACUGAUCAGGGCGUCCUGUCUCUCUGAGGUUGGCGACAGUCCAAUGUACUCCUGGAAUCUGGAUGAGCUCAUUCUGGACAGAAAUACGGAAAAUAGCACCAUUAUUCUGCGGCAAAACAUCUCAGGAUACCUGGUCUGCACAGCUAGGAAUCACAUCAGUAAUGUUUCCAAAGGAGAGAUGUUAUCUGUCUGCCAAGGUCAGUCAAGGAAUAAGGGAACUCACUGUGACAUUACAGAAGAGGAGUUUGAGUGUUAUGGAGCUUUGGGAGGAACUGUCGUCAUUCAACUGUUAAACAACACUUCAACAACGCCCAACUACCAAUGGAAAAAUAAAACAGCAACAAUCAUAAAGGGUAGAGGGAACAGAUUCAUCCCAAAUUACAUUGAGGGGAGAUCUCUCUUUCUCCCUGUGUUUGGUACGUUCAGCAUCAUGAAUCUAAGCAGAGCUGAUGGUGGUGAAUAUACCUUGGAAAUCUUUGAUUCAAAUGGAAGGAGAACUGAACAGAGGACUCUUCAGCUAAUUGUUCAAGCUCCUGUCUCAUCAGUCCAGCUGGUCCCUGAAUGUUUGUCUCAGGGACAGAUGAAGGUGUCCUGUCUCUCAGAGAAAGGGGACAAUCCUCAGUACAGCUGGACAUUGGAUGGACACAAUUUGACAGACUCUGAGCUCCUUUCUGGAAACAAUGAAACUAAGGAAAUUAUCCUGAGGCAGAACAUCUCAGGACGUCUGGCCUGCUCAGUUUGGAACCGGUUCAGUUCCCUCUCAAAAGAGGAGACCAUAUCUACAUGUGGGUUCAUAUUUAUCAACUGCACUUCCAAUGGGACAGAGAUAUCCAAGUGGGUGUUUGCAAAAACUAACAACCUUUGUGUUGAACCAGCUGCAUUCGGUGAGCCAGUUAGUGUAGUUUCCUCCAAUAAUAAUACAAUCUUAAUUCAAAUCUCUGCCGUAAAGAUCUGUGUUUUCUUAUCUCUCAAACAGACUUGUUGACAGUACUGGCUGUAAUACUCCUGGCAUUAGUAUUUUUCCUAGCUCUCGGAAUAGGAUUUGUCUGCUUCCAAAAGAAGGGUUAUAUAUACAAAGUGGAGAAAGACAACAGUGAACCAGUUUAUGCUGAGGUCCAGGUUGGGCCACAGCAGGAUAGGCAAACAGAGGAAAAUGCUGAGGACGGGGUGGAGUACAAACGAGUGACAUUUACAGAGCAUCCUCAGCAGAUGGUGUUGACCACAGAAAGUCCUGUAUAUGCACAAGUCCGUAAAGUUAGAUGACCCGUGUAACUUCAAUCUACCCUACAAAGACUUUACUACCAAAAACAGAUGGACAGAGUUAAGAUGGGAUCCCAAAGUGUCACAAAUUUUAAUUUUUCUCUUACUUUUUGGGUCUGCUCAGGUGAAAUGGCACCAUGGUAUUCUAGACUUGAAUUUUUAUUGGUGCCUUAAGAAGCUUUAGGUGUAGUAGCUUUUAGAAAAUGGUUUUGCAAAACAUAAGCCCCCUUGGAAAUUAUUUUCUGGAAGACAUACAAGCAGCUGUAAAGGGCACUUUAUGGAUCAUUCUGUGAUUUGUAUAAUUCAAAGACAAUCUGUGGUGAGAUUACAUGUUUUCACUUCUGGAGCAUGUUGAUCAAAACCUGUAGAGAUGGUCUGAAAACAAAAUUACAAAAUAUUUUAGUCCAUUUUGCAAAAAAGAUGGAAACAUCUUCUACGAAGCUAAGUGAACAAAUGACUUAAAAGGCAACAAGAUAUGUAUAUGGAGUCCAUAAGAUGACUUGUUUCUGUUAUAUCAAGAUAAUUAUAUUUCAAGAUAAAGCUAGGCUCGAACUAGAGGUAAAAGUGCAUCCUGGCUUUACAAAGUCCAAGCCAGGCUCCACAUCAAGCCAGCUAUAUCUAAUCCAGCUAAUUGCAGGUCUGCCGUUUUCUUCAGGAGGUGAAUCAUAGAUUCCUUGAUUCAGCAAACAAUAGCAGAUGGACUAAAUGCCUAAACAGCAUUAAAUACAUACUCCAUUACCACUUCCCUUAACUAAAACAUCACAAUUUAAAGAUUUAUAACAAAUUAUUUAAAGAAAAACAAACACUGGAAGCCAACAUGGUAACAAAUGCAGAUCAUAAAGUUAAUACAUUUGUAGUGGGUUUUUUGUCCUGUUAUUCAGUUUCUCUGUGGUGUUGUGGUUUAAAUCUUUGCCUUUAAAGUGGUAGACUUGGGACUGAACUCUGGAUACUUCAUGAAAAGCAUCUAGUGUUAAAAUCUUCAUUUAACAUCAGAUAUAUUUUACCACUUUUUAUGUUACAACAUUCAAAAUCACCUUCAUUUGCAACAGGGGGGUUAUAUCUUAAUACAUUUAACAUUAGGGAAUCCUGUAUUAUACUGUAUAUAAAAAAGUAAUACACCUGUUCCACAUUUUCCUUUGUGAUGAGCAGUCAUAUCCAUGUUAUGUUGACUGAUGUACAGUAGUUGAUUCUUUGGUGACGGGAAAGCUUAUGAAGAUGUGCAUCUUAUCCUUAUAAUUUUAUCGGGGGCAAAUACUUUCUCAAGACACUAUAAUUCAAACCCUACUAAAGUUCCCUGACAUUAAUCACUUUAUAUGUUUUCAAUAUGAAAGUAGUGCUACUCACCUUUCUCUAUGUCUUCAUCAAAGAGUUUAUAUUUUAUUACAAAUAUCUGUAUUUCAAACCAUCAUACAAGAUUCUAAAUAAAUUCCUGCUUGUUGGGGAUUCAUUUCCAAUGGUUUGGCCCAUAAGUGAUUAAAGCCUGGUGUUUCCUAGAUAAAGUUAUUUAGAUCCCAAUGCAUGAACAUGCAGAUAUAGCAAGCGGUAAAAACAAGAGACAUUUCCCUUAUAACCUUAAAACAUGAGCUAGAAUGUCAGUGCACUGAUCCCAUAUGAGUGGGGAAGAGUAAAACCUUUAGAAGGAAAGGAGCAAAUCUAAACAGUUAAAAACAAUCGCCUCAUCCAAACAAACCGCAUUAUUUGGAAUGGAUGAAACUGGAUGCAAAAACACCCCUAUUCUUAUUAAUCUAUAGCAUUCUUUCUUGUUUUUUUUCUUCAGCCUUAAAUCUGUCAGCUCUUUUCUUUUCACUCAACUGUUUGGGUUACUUUAACAGGGUAUCUUAAUGUUAUGAGCUACCUCAUCAAUCUGAAUGUACAGUCACCUUCUCACUAAUGGUUUUAAAGAAACCUUAUUAAUUGCUGUUGCUGUGCAUGUUUUCAUCUUUUAUGUUGAAAUAAAAAACUUAA